GGCGCCAUCAUUUCCACUGGCUAACGGCACAUUUUCCUGACCACCUCAAACAGUAAAAUGCCGACGUUGCAGCGCCAGAGCACUGAUAUCCUUUCGGAUUUGCGUAUACCCUCAGAGUUUACGGCAUACGAAAAGAUCGCAGAGGUGGAGACCCUCCGGCGAUUGGAAGAAUGGAAAGCGCGUGCGCAAGAGGCACUUCAAGAACUCAGAGAAAUGCUAGUGCGCUUGGAAGGGACAGAUACCUCUCAGGAAAUUAAAGAGGGUAACUCAGAUGAUCGAAACAGAUCAGGGCAGUCGAAGAGAGUUCGGGACGAUGCAGCAGUCAUCCAGGCCGUUGCACCUUUCGCCGAAGAGGAACUAGGAGUAAGCUCGACCCCGUGGACGACGCCGUCAUCGCGUGCCCAUGCCCAAGCCAUACUUGCACCGUACGAUACCCUUCCCGCCCCACUUGCCCUGGAGCUUUUGACGCUUGUCAAGCCGAUCUUCGCGAAGAACCUACACCCACGUCUACAUCCCGAGACCGCUCGUGCCCUCGCACGGCCUGCAGGCGGGGAUGCAGCAACGCAGGACUACUUCGAGGCCCAGGAAUGGAAGAAAUGCCCAGGCAUCGGUGGUUUACUCGCGUGGAUCCUCACUCGGAUGGAGGCCGAGGCGUAUGAGCGGGCUUGGCCAUUGGUUAUCCCGCCUAUGAUGGCGUUCAUAGACGACUACGAGCCUCACCACAAGCUUGCCGGCGUACGCAUCGUCGCUCGCAUGCUCGAGCGCGUUCCUCCUGAACUACUACGCCGAACUGGACUCGAUGCCCUCUUGAACAACUCCCUUUCUUCUGCAUUCCGCUCACUUCACAGCGAUCACACACCCGAUCUCCUGCGAGCUACUGUUCCUACCCUUCUGCUGCUCACAGAUAAGAGUACUUCACCGGCAACCGAGACUCGCGCAGAGCGCCUCAGCGCGAUCAUUGGCGACGGGCUCAUCGGCACCGUAUGGACCUACGCAUACAGGGACCCAGAAACGCUUGCCGCGGCAACCGAGAUGGUUGCAGUUGUCGUGCAAAGGAUUGGGAUUGGUGCUGCACGAUGGUUGAAGGCCAUAAUCCCACAACUCACUCACGCCCUGGCCGCAUCUGCUAACGUUGGCAUUGAUGCUGGGCUUCCUACGGUUCCCAUGUCCAGACUGCUUCAAGUUGCAUCAGCGCAGACAUUGGCCAUCGUUGUCGAAGUAUGUGCUCCACGCAUGGGGCGCUGGCGGUACACUAUUCUGGAUGGCGUCGGACGCUGCUGGAUCUCGCUCGAAGACCGGCUCCGUGAAGGCGAGAAGGAGGGCCCCGAGGAAGAUGUUCUCCGCAUAGCGCUCAAAGGGGUGGUCAAGAACUUGCAAGCAGCAUGCGAGGAAACCACGAAGGACCUUGUCGAGUUAUGUGUUUUCGAUGACCACCUCUUCGCUGGGCUCUUGCCAUCCACCGAAGCAUAAAAUUUAAAAAAUUAAGAAGAAGAAGAAAAGAAAGAAAAAACCUGCAAACCAUGCUGCUUGCACUUUCUGUGUAGCGCUUUGGAUGCAAAGAAUGCUCUAGGCGAUGCUUCCCGACCCCACAUGCCCCCAACUGCUGGCUGUAUUCACCCCCUGGACGUAUCCCAGACUUGAGAUAGGACUGCAUAUCUCCUAUAGUGCGCAGGUGUCUUCAGCCCUAUGUCAAUAAUGACUAUUUGUCGCCACAUGCACGGAAUUGAGGUCUUAUGGUCAGC